CCGGCCCUUUCUCGUCAGGGGCGCCCGCGGCGGGGCCGGCCCCGGCGCGAGCCUGUGGCGCCCUCGUUCGGCUCCGGCUGGUUCUGCCGCCGCGCGCGCCGCCGUGCGCUCCGCCCGCGCUCCUGCCGCGGCGAGGCUGGCAGCCGGGGAGCCAAUUAGGCUCGGCGAGGCGGCGGCCACUUCCUCGUCGGCCGGGCCGCGCGCUCGGGGCGGCUCUGUCGGCCGCGGGACGGGGCGGGGCUCUGCGCGGAGCGGCUCUGCCUGCCUCAGCUUGUCUCGCUGCCAAGGGUGGACGCAGGUCCUUGAAGGCGCACCACUGCAAAGCAGACAAAAAGAAACUUUGGGGCGUCCGGAGUGCCGGCUGGAGGGGCGUUCGGUUGGCUUUUCGUGCGUGGUCUUUAGGAUCAGCCGUUCCAGGAAGAGAUGUCGAAGCCGCCGCCACCCAAACCGGUCAAACCAGGGCAAGUUAAAGUGUUCAGAGCUCUUUAUACGUUUGAACCCAGAACUCCAGAUGAAUUGUACUUUGAAGAAGGUGAUAUUAUCUACAUUACUGACAUGAGUGAUACCAAUUGGUGGAAAGGCACCUCCAAAGGCAGGACUGGACUAAUCCCGAGCAACUACGUGGCUGAGCAGGCAGAAUCCAUUGACAAUCCAUUGCAUGAAGCUGCAAAAAGAGGCAACUUGAGCUGGUUGAGAGAGUGUUUGGACAACCGAGUCGGUGUUAAUGGCUUAGACAAAGCUGGAAGCACUGCCUUAUACUGGGCUUGUCACGGAGGUCACAAAGAUAUAGUGGAAAUGCUGUUUACUCAGCCAAAUAUUGAACUGAACCAACAGAACAAGUUGGGAGACACAGCUUUGCAUGCUGCUGCCUGGAAGGGUUAUGCAGAUAUUGUCCAGUUGCUUCUGGCAAAAGGUGCUAGAACAGACUUAAGAAACAACGAGAAGAAACUGGCCCUGGACAUGGCUACGAAUGCUGCCUGUGCAUCUCUCCUGAAAAAGAAACAGGGAACAGAUGCAGUUCGAACGUUAAGCAAUGCCGAGGACUAUCUUGAUGAUGAAGACUCAGAUUAAUUCCCCUCUGGAGCUUUGAGAUCUAAAACUUCUGUUGCUUUUGCCAUUUCGAAACCUUGUCUUUGCCAGAAGAGUGUUGGUAACUGUUUUAAAAAAAAGUCUAUAUGAACACGGCAGUAUUGCACGGUGUUUGAGCAGUGUGUAAAUGAAUAGUUCUCACCUUCAGUUUGCCAAUAAGUGACUGGAUAUUCUGCUGUAUAAAGUACAUUUCUGUUCACCAGAGUAGAACAAGAAGAUAUUAUUUCUAUUUAUCAAGCUUAAAGGAAUUUUAAGAAUUUUUUUCUUUAAAAAUAUCAGGAUUUCUUUUAUAGUUAAAGUUCUUUACCUCAAGGAUUGAGAUAUUUUGGGUGGACUUUUCAAGCGGGGAAUGCUUAUUAUAAUAAUAAACCAAAAGACUUCACAGAAAAUCGUCAGCUCUGCUGACAAAAAUAAAAUUUUAAGAGGCUAUUUCUUUUGUCUGUUUUUUGGUAUCACUCUUUGCUGGUGAAUAAAUAAAGCUUUUUUAUAUUUA